CGCAGUCGGUUUCGGAUUCAGUAUGCCGGCGGCGGCUCUCGUAAUUAGUUCACUAAUUUAAAAUAAAAUCGCGGCUUGCACAAACAGAAUCUAAUACUAUAUAUAAACCCAGCUGAGACGCUCAUCGGAUCUUGUUUGCGCAGACAAUCCACAAAACAAUCAAACCAAAGAAAAUGGCCUAUGAGUCAUCGUAUGUCACUGGGCAAAAGCCCUUCUCGCCCGAUCUAAAGCGUGGGACUUGGGAAAAGCCCUCCGAUUUUAUCUAUGCCUGUCUCGGAUUGGCCUUCAAAUUGGAUAUUCUAGUGGCUUCGCACUGGUACUUCUUCGAUAUGGGCAUUAUUGGAAUAUUACCCUAUUAUCUCUAUAUGGUGAUAUAUCUGGUUCCAAUAUUGGUGAUACAUUCGUUUAUGGGACAAUUCUCCAGCAGUGGCUUUAUCUCAGCCUUCCGUGUGGCUCCAUUUUUCAAAGGCAUGGGCUAUGUGAGCUGUUUUCUGAGUAUAGCCAUGCUGAUAUAUUAUGCAAUUUUUGCGGCUGUUCCAAUUAUUUUCAUGGUGAACUCAUUUCGACCCACCUUGCCUUGGAGUUGCGAAGGCCUGAAGAGCUGGUAUAACGAGUCGGAGAGAGAAACGACCAUUUGUAAUACAACAUUAAGUGAGGACGAACAAUUUGAAAGUGAGAAUGAUACAAUAUUUUUCUCAAAAGAGUUUCAACUGCCGUCAGUUAUAUUUUUUCAAGACCACGUUUCAACCCCUAUUGACUCUCAUGAUCCUAAUUCAAAAUCGGGCUUCGAACUAUCCUUUCAUUUUGUGGCAUACUUUGUUGUGGUUUGGGCCCUUAUUGCCUUUAUAUUUUACAAGUACUCGGAAACUGCCAGGUUUGGAAGAUUUAUCCGUUUCAUGGUGAUUGGAACCCUGGGACUCCUUGUUGUUUGCUUCGUGCGGUUUAUCUUCUUGCCUGGAGCACUAACAGGACUUUAUUCAUAUGUGACUCCAAAGAAUGCUCCCAUAGAGCUUAUAAAUGGUUUUGGAUCCACUUUCAUAAUGGUCCUACAAGCAUUCGGAGCGGGCUGGGGUAGUGUAAUAGCAUUAUCCAGUUUUAAUGGAUUCAAGACGAACAUCAUGUCAUACUGUUGGAUCACCGCCUUUGGACAAGUGCUCAUCUAUAUCCUGUUCGGCAUGGUGUCCUUCAUGUUAGAGCAUCACUUUAGAGAGAUAACGGCUGAGUCUUAUGACAGCUAUGUGAUGAGCUAUUGGAUACUAUUUUUGUCAAGUGGUAGUGCCAUGGCUGGUAUGCAUUGGUCCAAUCUGUGGACAUUCAUUUACUACACCAUGUUGUUAAUGGCUGGUUUGAUUGUGAUGACAACACAAAUCUUUACCAUUCUCCAGACUUUGUUUGAUGAAUUUGAAUCUUUGAGGGUCAAAAGACAAGAGGUUACCUUUGGCUUCAUUGGAGGUCUUGCCCUGUGUUCCUUUAUCUUCUGCUCAAAUCAUGGAAUUUUGCACUUCGGCGCAAUUACUCUGGACACAAUUUUUUCACACAGUGUGCUGCACUUAUAUUUGAUUUUGGUGAUUUUGUGGAUUUAUGGACGAGUGCGUUUCCAGCGAGAUAUAGAAUUCAUGUUGGGUCAACCUUUUGCCAACUGGAAAGUGUUCAUAUUGCGCUUUAUUUGUCCCCUUUUUUUGAUUAUUUCGCUGCUUUUUGGAAUAUUUAUUUCCGCGAUGGAGCAUGCCUACUCCGACUCCUUGGUCAUGACAAUAUCCUUUAUGCUGGUGAUAGUUCCCAUUUUGUCCAUACCAGGCUAUGGAUUUUAUUACCUGUACCAGAGCACUGGCACCUUUUGCGAGCGUUUCAAACGCACCUGUCGACCCACCGAUUGGUAUCCUGUGGAAAUGGACCAUCGCCAGCGGUACGAGCUGUCUGUGGGCAAUACGGAGCUGACCUAUACACUGGUUAGCGAGGAAGUUAACGUAAAUUUAAGUUAAUUGUUUUGUUAAAAAUGAUAUUAUUUUGUAGUAAAAAAUAUAUCCUUAUUUGCCAUAUACAAGAAAA